UCGCCGAGGCUGUGGGGAGCUAAUAAACGUUAGCUCAGCUCUGCUCUAACAACAGUUCAGCGAAGUGACUGAGCUAGAGUCAUUUCAGGAUGACUUCCGUCAUCUCCAAGUUCACAAUCAAGACCCUGUGCGACAACCAGGGCUGUCUGGACUUCAAGCGCCUGGACGAGAAGAUCACGCAGUGUUUCACGGUCGCUGAACCAGUACUGCGAGGUGUCCUGUUCGACGACGGUAAAAUAGCGAUCCAGAGAGGCAGGAAAGGGGUUGUCGGCGGAAAAAUCCUCAGCCCGGAUAGCCUCAUAGUGGCUAAGACCAGCCUGCGGCUCUGUCAGAAGAAACCCGGAGAGUGUCCUCAGUGCGAUGACUUGCACCUGUGCAGGUAUCUCGUUUGCGGGGACUGCACGUUCGGAUACAAGUGUAAAAAUCCCCACAGUCUGGCUUCUGCACACAACGUAGAGCUUUUGAAGAGAUAUGAUCUUCAGGAUUUGACUGAGAAACAGCUGUUCCAGCUGUUACUGCAGAAUGAUCCAUACCUGCUUCCUGAGAUUUGCCCACACUACAACAAGGGCAACGGUUUGCACGGUUCCUGCAGGUUCACCACCUCCUGCACCAAGCUUCACAUCUGCCUGCACUAUCUCCAGGGAGACUGUAGGUUUGGCCCUUCGUGUAAGAGAACCCAUUACAUUGAUGCGCAGGGGAUGAAGCUCUUCAGAGGAUUCAGUCAGGAGAAUAUUGGAAACAUUCACGAGAACUACAGAAAUAAAUUCAUCAUCAUGGGACAACUGGAGCGAGGAGCCGGUGCUGUUCCUGAGCUGCCAGUGGUGAAAAUCCCCGCUCAGCAGCCUUCCCACAGCAGCCCUGGAUCCCUGACUAGCCCUGCAUGUCCAUCUAAAGCCAUGACUGAUGCUGACAGGAAUGAAAUCUGCCUCUUCUUCAUUCGCAGACACUGCAGCUUCAAAGAGAAGUGUGCUCGUGUCCAUUGGCACCUACCGUACAGAUGGCAGGUUUUAGACAGUGAUUGUGUGAGCUGGAAGGACCUGCCAAAUAUGGAGGACAUUGAGAAGGCUUACUGUGAUCCGGAACAGGACACGAGCUGCAUGGACCCACCAUCGCCCACCGUAGGGCUUCUCCGAUUUCUGUCCUUUCAAAGCUCUGCAUCCCCUGCCGUGCAAUCAGUUGACUUCACGACAAUGACAUAUGGAGGGUCUCCAGUUCGCCGCCUGUCCACCGCCUCCUCUGUCUCAAAGCCCCCUCACUUCAUUCUAACAACAGAUUGGCUUUGGUACUGGAAGGAUGACAACAGGAAGUGGCAGGAGUUUGGACAGAGCGAUGGCAACACACCAGCCUCUCUCACCUCUCAGACUCUGGAGAACGUGUACCUGGCAGACAGAGAAACAGAGAUUCCUUUUAGUGCAGACAAGCAGCAGUAUAUCCUGCACUUCAAAGGUGCGCCAGGAACCCAGGAGAUGUAUCAGCAGAAUGUAAAAUACAAAACCAAGAGAGAGGUCAGAAGGAGGCCUCUCUUUGUGUCUGCUCAUGAUGUGGAGGUGAAGCUAAAGAGUGUAUCAUCUCACAGCUCCAGCCCCUCCACAGCUGACAGUUUCCCAUCCCACUGGGACAAGAAUGCCAUACCAGAUAUUGGAUACAAGCUCGCACCUCUCUCCAAAUCUGCAAAAGAGUACAAUAUGAUCGAGAAGCUGUUUAAGCGCACCAUGGCCCAGAGUAAUAUUCACAACAUCCAGAGGAUCCAGAACCCCUCUCUGUGGAAAGUCUUUCAGUGGCAGAAAGAGCAGAUGAAGAAGAGGAAUGGAGGGAAAGCUGUGAAUGAACAGUACUUGUUCCACGGGACAGACGAGUCCCUGAUCGAGGCCAUCUGUGAGCAAAACUUUGACUGGAGGAUGUGUGGCGUCCACGGCACAGCCUACGGCAAAGGGAGCUACUUUGCCAGAGAUGCGUCCUACUCAGACAGAUACGCCAGCGUCAAAAAGAGCCAGAACAAGAUCAUGUUUGUUACUCUGGUCCUGGUGGGGGAGUACACCAGGGGCAGCAGCAGCUAUGUCCGGCCCCCACCAAAAGGAAACGGCAAUGCCCUCUACGACAGCUGUGUUGACCGAGAGAGCGACCCCAGCAUCUACGUUGUGUUUGAUAAACAGCAGAUUUAUCCAGAGUAUCUUAUCAGGUAUUCAUAAGUCCCUGGGCUGUUUUUUUUUUUUUUUUUCCUUUUUCUGAGGAUUUUGCUCAGGAGAAACUGUAUCAUGGGAUGCUCUUUACUUUGACUUUAAACAGCAAGUGGCUUUGUUAAAGGUUUGUGGAGAUUUACGGUAGUGGAGGGAUUAGUCAGGUCUUUUACUGAAGAAGAAGCAGUCAUAUCACAAUGUAGGUGUCCUACAGGACCAGUUCAUGUAAUAUUAUAAUAGCAAUUAUUGGAUCCUUAUUACUCAUGCAUAAAUGGUUGAGGCAGACAGAGGUGGAGCUAAUUUGAACUUCUUUAUAUGCGUUGCAUCAUAUUUUAUGCAACAAAGAUAGUUAAAGUUAAAAAUUUGCUCAUCGUUUUAUAAACUGACAUGUUACAGUAUUUUCCUGAGGUGUGGUGCAGAUGUAAAAGACAAAAAAAUGGAAACACUUGGUGGAAUUUUUGUGUGAUGAUCACAGUGUGUCCUGGUGGAUUUAUAAUAUGUCAGUAAGAAUACAUUUCCUUGGUCAGUGUCUGCUGUUGUGGCUGGUGUGUAUUUUGUUGUGAUAAGAUUGUCUGUGAAUGAAAGUCUAAAUCAAGGGCACUGAGGCAACACAUGUUCUGGUGUUCAGUUUUGGAAUAACAUUCAGUGGUUAUGUAAUAAACAUGUUACAAACUGC